GUGUGAGGGGUUGGCGGAGUAUCAGAUGAGGACUUCGGUUCAUCAUUUUGAGUAAAAUUUCCUAUUUGUAUGGCAUGUAGAUAUCAGAAAACACAGCGAGACAAUGCACAUCCUCACCCCUCAUGUUUACUGGGCUCAGCGCCACGGAGAGAUUUAUCUUCGGGUGGAACUGAGCGAUGCAAAGAAUCUCGACAUCAGCCUGCAAGAAAACAACACACUUCACUUCAGAGCACAGGGCCAUGGAGCUAAAGGAGAUAACGAAUACGAGUUCAGUUUGGAGUUUCUGGAAACUGUCAGACCUGAGCUCAACCACAGGUCCACCCAGCGUCAGGUGGACAUCAAGAUCAAGAAGCAGGAGGAGCGCUGGUGGGACCGGCUGACGCUGCAGGAGAAGAAGCCUCUGUUUUUGGCUCCUGACUUCGACCGCUGGCUGGAUGAGUCUGACGCCGAGAUGGAGCUGCAAGCUAAGGAGGAGGAGAAGAUCAACAGGAUCAGCGUGGAGUCAAGAGUUCGUAAAGACCCGUACCUCGGCCUGAAGAAAGGCUACCUGUUUAUGUACAACCUGGUGCAGUUCCUUGGAUUCUCCUGGAUCUUUGUCAACAUGACUGUUCGCCUCUUCAUUCUUGGUCAAGAUUCGUUCUAUGAUACCUUCCACACCACGGCCGACAUGAUGUAUUUCUGUCAGAUGAUGGCCGUGCUCGAGGUUAUUAAUCCCCUCCUGGGUCUGGUUAAGACUGGAUUUUUUCCUGCUAUGAUACAGGUGGCCGGCAGGAACGUCAUUCUGUUCGUCAUCUUCGGCAGUCUGGAAGAGAUGCAGAACAAACCUGUCGUCUUCUUCGUGUUCUACCUGUGGAGCACCAUCGAGAUCUUCAGGUACCCCUUCUACAUGCUGGCCUGCAUCGGCACAGAUUGGAAGCUGUUAACGUGGCUGAGAUACAGCCUCUGGAUCCCUCUGUACCCGCUGGGGGUUGUGGCUGAAGCGGUGGCUGUGAUCCAAUCCCUGCCCAUCUUUGAUGAGACUCGUCUGUUCAGCUUCCCCCUCCCGGCAGUGCUGGGAAACUCUUUAAGCUUCUCCUACUCUCUGCAGAUCUACCUGGUCCUCAUGUUUCUGGGACUCUUCAUCAAUUUCCGACACCUGUACAAGCAGAGGAGGAGGCGAUACCGCUUGAAGAAAAGGAAAGUCCACUAAAUGAUCACCACCUUUAUUUUACACAGCCUCUGAACUGCUGUCCACUUAGAGAUAAAGCAGCUGUUUCCUUUUCCUCUAAUUGCCUUUUCUCAUCUUCCUCCACACACACACACACACACACACACACACACACACACAC